AUGGAAAAUGUUUAUAAACUAUAUGGUGUUCAUAUUCCAUGUAUUCAUAACAUCUUAGAUGUAAAACCGGCCGAUUUAGAAAAACCUAAAGCAUUUCAUAUUGGAAAAUUGGAAUUCAAUAGUUCGAAGAAUAUUCUAGUUUAUGAUGAUGAAGACAAUCCGAUAGGAAAGGGUGAUCGGAAAAAUGAACAAUGCAAAAUUUCGGCUCGGAAAACAUUUACAACCAAAGUUGAGAACGAAAUUUACUUGUAUGAAGAACAAGUAACUCCAGAUAUAGGAGUUAAAAGUCUUGUUCAACGCAUUUUAAAUCUUCCGUCAAUUGACAAGGCAACAAGCUUCAUGUUUAAUCUUGGGAUGAACAUCGAUUAUGAUACAAUUCAGGCAAUUCAUUAUAUAUCAUCAUUAAGAAAAACACAUCCAGAAGUGAUAGAUUUGGCAUUAAGUAAUGCAUAUCUUCCGGAAGAAUCAGAUGAAUAUCAGCAAAACAAAGACAUGAUUUCAAAAAUUAUCGAAGAAGUUUUUGAUAAUAAAGACAAGGAAAGAGAUCCGGAUUUUGUUGUAAGAAGGAAGAGGAAAAAUGGUUUGUGA